AUGCGAACAUCGGUGCGCGAGCAGCAGCAGCGGCAGUAUGCAGACAGCUGUGCGGCAGCAGCAGCACCGGCAGUAUGCAGACAGCAGUGCAGCAGCAGCACCGGCAGUAUGCAGACAGCAGUGCGGCAGCAGCAGCAGCAGCAUGCAGGCAGCAGUGCGCCAGCAGCAGCAGCAUGCGGACAGCGGUGCGGCAGCAGCAGGAGCAGCAGCAUGCAGACACCAGUGCGGCAGCAGCAGCAUGCAGACAGCAUUGAGGCAGCAGCAGCAGCAGCAUGCAGACAGCAGUGCGGCAGCAGCAGUGGCAGCAGCAUGAAGACAAGAAUGAGGCGACAGCAGCACGCAGACAGGAGUCGGCAGCAGCACUUAGACGGGGGGGGGAGUAGCAGUGAUAAGUCGUAG